GACCCCCCCACAGUGGAAAGACGGCCCUGGCGGCGAAGAUUGCAGAGGACUCGCAGUUCCCCUUCAUUAAGAUCUGCUCUCCGGACAAGAUGAUUGGACACUCAGAGAUCUCCAAGUGCCAGGCAAUCAAAAAGGUCUUUGACGACGCCUACAAGUCUCAGCUCAGCUGCGUGGUGGUGGACGACAUCGAGCGUCUGCUGGACUACGUCCCCAUCGGGCCUCGUUUCUCCAACCUGGUGCUCCAGGCUCUGCUGGUGCUGCUGAAGAAAGCUCCGCCAAAGGGUCGGAAGCUGCUCAUCAUCGGCACCACCAGCAGGAAGGACGUCCUGCAGGAGAUGGAGAUGUUGGACGCCUUCAGCACCACCAUCCACAUCCCCAACAUCUCUACUGGAGAGCAGCUAGUCGACGCUUUAGAGCUGCUGGGGAGCUUCACAGAUAAAGAGCGCGCCAGCAUCGCGCAGCAGCUCAAAGGGAAGCGAGUCUGGAUCGGCAUCAAAAAGCUGCUGGUGCUCAUCGAGAUGUCGCUGCAGAUGGACCAGGACUACAGAGUGUCCAAGUUCCUGUCUCUGCUCAGAGACGAGGGGGCGCUGAACGAAGGCGAUCAAAUCCGAAUUUAAGCAGUCGGUCUCUCUGGCUGAGCUCCGGUAAGAUCAACAGCAGAACCACCAGACUAGAGCCGCUAGUUAAAUGUGCUAAACCUGUA